GUUCACAUUUGAUCUGAAGCUCUGUCGAUGGAAGAUCUUUAUAUAAUUUGGUGAUAAUUAUUAAUAUUUCUGAUACACCGUUUUUGGGAGUAUUUACUGUUGAUUUGAAGGUUUUUGAAGACUUUAUGAUUUACUACUUCAGUCAACUUUGAAGGUGGAUUUUCAUAUGUAACUUAGAAAAUGGCGUCCAGAUCUUUUACUGAGGAGGAUUUCUCUUGUCCUGUGUGCUGUGGCAUUUUUAAAAAUCCUGUUGUCCUGUCCUGUAGUCACAGUGUGUGUGAAGAAUGUAUUAAGAGGUUUUGGGAAAUUAAAGGAUCUAAAGUAUGUCCAGUUUGCAGAAGAAGACAUUCAAAGGACUUUCCUCCAGUAAAUUUGGUUUUGAAGAACCUGUGUGAGACCUUCUUACGGGACAGAAGUCAAAGACCUUCACCAGGAUCUGAAACGAUCUGUAAUCUUCACAAGGAGAAACUCAAACUCUUCUGUCUCGAUGAUCAACAGCCGGUGUGUUUGGUGUGUCGAGAUUCUAGAGCACACACAAAUCACAAAUUCUGUCCUGUAGAUGAAGCUGUCAUGGACAACAAGGAGAAACUCAAAACUACACUGAACCCCUUACAGGACAAACUGAGAAUAUUUGAGGAGAUUAAAAGGAAUUUGGACCAAACUGCAGAACACAUUAAGUUUCAAGUUCGACACACAGAAAGGAAGAUUAAUGAGGCGUUUAAGAAACUUCACCAGUUUCUACAUGAUGAAGAGGCAGCCAGAAUAACAGCACUGAGAGAGGAAGAGGAGCAGAAGAGUCAGAGGAUGAAGGAGAAGAUUAAGAAGAUCUGCAGAGAGAUUUCAUCUCUUUCACACACAAUCAGAAUCAUAGAGGAGCAGAUGACAGCUGAAGAUCUUUCAUUUCUACAGAACUUUACGAGCACAAUGAGAAGAGCCCAGUUUACACCAGCAGAUCCAGAGAACAUUUCAGGAGUUCUGAUCAAUGUCCCAAAACAUCUGAGCAACCUGAAGUUCACUGUGAUACAGAAGAUGCAGGAAAACGUUGAAUACACUCCAGUGACUUUGGACCCCAAAACUGCUCACAGUAAUCUCAUCGUGUCUGAUGAUCUGAUCAGUGUGAGAUUCAGUGAAGAGAAACAGCUGCUUCCUGAUAAUACAGAGAGAUUUGAUUUGUAUGCAUGUGUUCUGGGAUCAGAGGGUUUUAACUCAGGGAUUCACUGUUGGGAUGUUCAAGUCGGAGACAACACAGACUGGAUGUUGGGUGUGAUGACAGAAUCUGCUCAGAGGAAGGAUGACAUUUUCUCCAGGAGUGGACUCUGGUAUGUGGGGUAUGUAGUGAACUCUGAUGUCUAUGGUGCAUUUGAAACUCCAGAGCAAACACCUCGUGACUCAGUGAAAGGAAAACUGCAGAUAGUCCGAGUUCAGCUGGACUGUGACAGAGGAAAACUGUCAUUCUCUGAUCCUCUCACUAACACACACAUACACACUUUCACACACAAGUUUACUGAGAGAGUAUUUCCAUGGUUCAGUGUUGGCUGUGACAUUUCUCCUCUGUUGAUCUUACCAGCCAACUAAAUAAAAAAAAAAAAAAAGACUAAUUCAAGAAGACAUUAAA